CUUGUUUACAUGCAACAUUUUGAAAGAAGAAUCAGUUUAAAAUUAGCAGACGAUAUUUCUGAUUUCAAAUAACAAGCAAUCAUCAUUUUAUUCCUAAACAUUUGCUUUUUUUUAAUCUUUAUCAAAAUAGUUCUAAAAAUGUGUAAACACCAUCUGCACGAGAAAAUUUUGCGGCAUUUCUUUGGGAAGAGUGCUGUGAUUCUGUAAGAGCGAUUUAUUUAGUGAAAGAAUGACGUAGUGAAAGUUUUUCGCUACAACAAAUACUUCUUUGCGACGGAACGUUUAGCAUUGAAUGAGAAGGAACAUACUAUUUGAAAGUAUUGCGCUAUGAAAGACGCAUGUACUCUUCUGGAAUGAAAGCAGUUACUUUAAAAAAAGUUUUCCUUUUAAUAAGAAUACCUGUGAUGAACAUCUACUUGAAAACGCUGGUCGUUUUAGCAGGUGUUCUUCUGCAAGUUCUGCUGAAUGAAGCAGAGCAGGUUCCUGGUACACCUGGAGUGGAUUAUCCGACGUAUUUCGAGAUACCCAAAACUUCAUUUCGGUGCUCUCAACAGAAAUACAUUCCCGGGUUUUAUGCCGAUACGGAGACUGGCUGCCAAGUAUUCCACUCUUGUUACAAGCACCGCCAAGAAAGUUAUCUAUGCCCCACGGGUACAACAUUUAAUCAAGCUAUAUUAGCUUGCGAUUACUGGUAUAGUUCUAAUUGCAGUUUAGCGCCUUUAUUUUACAACGUUAAUGCGUAUGAUAAGCACGAAAUUUCAGAAGUAAGGUCUUAUCCAAUGCAUACGUACUCUGAAGAUGUUUUUAAUAAAAUGGCUUCUCUAUACGAUAGUUCUAGUGCAUUGCCGCCGGUUGAAGUAGCGUCAGCAUACAAACUUGACGAUGAUGAUCAUGAACAAAAUUCUGUGCCAGAAAUUGAAUUUGAAGAAAAAGCAGAAACUACAGAGGAAAAAGACCAAGAAAGUCUCGAUUUCGAACGGUAUUUUCAGAUCACGAGAAAUACUGGUGGUUUAUCUUUUCAUGAGAUGGUUAAUGAUCUUUAUCCUUCCGCUGAUCGCGUUUUUCCACCGCGCAAAAUAAGCAUUCCUUUGCCAGGAUCUUACGUGAAUGACAACAGGAAACUUCUUAAAGUAGAUGAAGUCCUAUCCGAACCAGAAGGUAAUUCAAAAGCAUCAGGUAAUGAGGACAAAAAGAAUCUGAAAGCGCAGUCCCUGUUUUCUAGUAAUAAAAAGCAACAUAAAGAACUUGAUAUAGAAACUCCUUCGGUCAAGUAUGAAGGUGAGAUGUUGGGCGAUAUAGUUGCGUCGGGAUGGAAUUCUGUUGAGUGCUUCGGACGAUAAAGUAGGGUUAGAUACAACAAAUUUAGAUAUU